UCUUCGUCUGUCAAUUUGUCGGAAAAUGCGUUUAUAAAAAUUUUCCGGGUAUUAAUUUAAGGUGGAAAUUAAACUCUGAUUUCACUGGAAUUUUGUAAAUAAUUUGAGUAGUUUAAUUAAAAAUCAGUUUUUAUUAGUGUUGAAAAAGCUGAAUAUAAUAUCAAAUGAUCAAAAAGUUAAAAGGCAAUUGUGCAAUAAUAUAUAAAAAAUAAAGUGAAAAAAAAGAAGAGAAGAUGAAAAGCUCGUAGUUGAUGUUGUUGUUGUGUCGAUGUCAACAUCUGUGCAAAAAAUGAUACAAAAUUCAUUAAUGUGAUUGAUUUUUCUAUAUAGAUUCAAUCGAAAUUCAAAAAAAGUUAAUUAAAUCGACGAAAAUUCAUACGAAGAAGUCAAAGUAAAUUUUCUUUCCGGCGAUCCCCAUCUGAAGACAACAAACUGAUUUCAUUUGAAUCAAAAUUGUCUGGCUUUGAUUCUCCAAUUAUGAUAAUUCUAAAAGCAUAAGAGUGAAGUUUUUUUCCUUAAUGCUUACUUGUGAGGGAUAAAGAACACAAGAAAGAAGUGAAGGAAUUCGAAAGCAGACAAAAACCAGAGAAGAGAGUGAAAAAAAAUUAUUUUUACAUCUUGUGGAUCGACGGAUAUAAAUAGAGCAACACUGAUGAACACAAAUGUGUUUGAACACACAUAAAAAUCGGGAAUCGGAAUAAAAUCAUUUAAGCCACAGAUUCUCUCUAAUAAGAAUUUUAAAGCUAAGAUCAACAAAGUGGAAACAUAAAAAUGGUUGUCGGCGAGGCGCAAAAUGGAGCUACCGAAGAGGAUGCAGUGGGUGGUGGCUCCCAACAGAAACAAUCCCCUUUGACCCAGCCAUUAGGCAUUCAGCAGGCGACAAUAGACAAUAUAAUGAGUGGAAUAGAAAACACUGGUGCUGUGAAAAUGAACAAUCACAGGAAGAAGCUGAGGCAGAGAUUUGACAUCAUUAAGAAGUUGGGACAAGGCACAUAUGGCAAAGUGCAAUUAGGAAUUAAUAAGGAAACAGGUCAAGAGGUCGCUAUCAAAACGAUUAAAAAAAGUAAAAUUGAAACAGAAGCAGAUCUCAUAAGGAUACGACGAGAAGUUCAAAUUAUGAGCUCAGUUCAACAUCCCAACAUUAUUCACAUCUACGAGGUGUUUGAGAAUCGUGAAAAAAUGGUCCUGGUGAUGGAAUUUGCUGCUGGUGGUGAACUCUACGAUUAUUUAUCAGAUCGCAAAGUGUUAACGGAAGAAGAAGCUCGCAGAAUUUUUCGUCAAGUGUCGACCGCAAUUUAUUACUGUCACAAACACAAGAUUUGUCAUCGCGAUUUAAAGUUAGAAAACAUUCUCUUGGAUGAGCAUGGAAACGCAAAAAUUGCAGAUUUCGGGCUGUCGAAUGUUUUUGAUGAGCAAAGACUGUUGGCAACGUUUUGCGGUAGUCCGCUUUAUGCGUCGCCUGAGAUUGUCAAAGGAACGCCAUAUCAAGGCCCAGAGGUUGAUUGUUGGUCUUUGGGUGUCUUACUUUAUACUCUAGUCUAUGGUGCAAUGCCAUUCGAUGGUGCCAAUUUCAAGAGACUUGUUAAACAAAUUAGUCAAGGUGAUUAUUUUGAACCAAAAAAACCAUCGAGAGCUUCUCCACUGAUACGUGAAAUGCUCACCGUUUGUCCAAUUCGUCGUGCGAAUAUCGAACAAAUUUGUAAUCAUUGGUGGGUGAAUGAAGACUACAAUGAAAGUUGUUUAGAAUUGGCUGAAGAAUUAGCGAAUCAAACACCAGUUAGACUUGAUGUUCUGCUUUCAUUGGCACCACCAUCAGUGACUUCUGAUCAAGUUCUUGUACCAACACAUCCAGAUGAAGGGAAAGAUCGAUUACAGAAGAGUCAUUCAGUUGGUUCUAUCAUUGACAUUGCUGAAUCAGAAGCUGAAAGAAGAAUUUUAGAUAUGGUAGCAGCUGGAGGCGAAGCAGCAAUCAUGCCAUCGUCAACACGAACAAUUACACCAGCUGAAAUUGCAUCAGUACAACAACCUAAGCGGAAACUUGAGUCAACUGUUUCGACAGAAAAUGCGACGGGUGGUGCUAAGAAGAAGGAAAAGCAAAUCAAUGAUGUGAAAUGUGAUCCAUCGAAACAUUCAAUUCCAGAAGUUAUGGAGGUUGAUCCUGAACCAGAAAAGACAUCACCGGUUGACACGUCUCAAGAGAAAACAGAAGAGAAGAAGGAAAGUGUUGGUGUUAAAGAAAGUUUAAAGAAAAUCGAAGAAUUAUGCGAUGAGCUUAUGGAGAAAACCGAUAAAAAGAAAAAAUCGGAAGAAGUAAAAGCAAAAGUAGAGCCGACGCCUAAAGUUGAGAGUGGUAAGAAGGAUGUUGUUAAGAAGAUUGCCAGUCCCGUGAAACGUGAUAUGGUAAAGCAUAAAACCUCUGACUUAUCAACUGCUUUAACUUCACUCAAAACAAAAGAGAAAGAUGUAGAAAAAGAUAAAGAAACACCAGCAUCUUCAACAGUAACCGCAAAAACAUCAACAUCUGUUGAUGAAACAAAACAAAGUCUUCCAGAUGAAACCACGGUAGCAAAGCCAACAGAGAAACGACGUUCACGUAUCUUAGAGACUGCUGAAAAAUUCCAAAACAUGAACAAUCAGAAUAACGAAAAAUAUAAAAAGUUUUCAAUUCCUGGCGUCAGUGUUGGUAAUUUCAAGAAAGAAUUCGAAAGAAAAGCUUCGUUGACGACACAACCACCGGAACCGUCUCGUAAGUCUCUUGAAAAACGUGAAAGUUUUGAUCAACAGACCAAUGAUAAUCAAAUGGUGUCACCGAAAGCAAAUGAAGUUCAAAAGGUCGGUGGUGGUGUCAAUAAUUUGGAAAAGGCAAGCUCUAACACGUCGACAAUCAGCAAACACGAUGAUGAAAUCAAUCAAAGUGAUUCAAAAAGUUCUGUUCAUAGUUUUUCAUUGGAAGAAGCUCGUCGCAGUAUGGAAAACUCAAUUGCUCUACUUCAGAAGGCGAAGACGGAAUCACAAUCGAAGGAGAUGGAUCAACUAUGUUCGAAGACCGAAGGUGUUGCAUUGUCAUCAGAUGAGAGUGAACGGGAAAGAAAGUUACGUGCAGCUCGGGAAAUAAUUGGUAAUGCAAUACCACCAAGUCGAUUAAUUGGCGUUCGAAAGCCUCCGGUGUAUGGUUUACAUGGUCGUUCCGUUUCAGGAAGCGUCGUUCAAACACCAGCGCCACGUAACACAACUCCAUUGAAGUCAAGUUCAAUGGAGCCAAGUCAACAGCAGCAACGACCGACAGUUGGACGUUUCUCGUCAGUUGACCAACGCACUCAAGUGGUUCCGGAGAAGGUUGUCGACUUUACGGAACCCGAAACCACAAAAACAUCGCAUGCUGAAAUUACACUUAAAUCAGCAACAUUGCCUCGUCGUAAGCCGACGAAAAUGGAAAUACAGGUUGAUAUAAAACCAAAAGUUGAUGCGUCAUCACGAUAUUCAACUGAGAUGCAAAAUCAAGUGCCUGAACUUCGAAGUGCCCCAGUUCGUGAGCAUCCACCAACAACUUACACUUCGUUCACGGUUCACAAUCGCUCAACAAGUUUGGAACCACAAGCAAAGGAACAUGUAGUUCAUAUUCAAAAGCCACCAACAUAUCAAAGAACUUCCACAUCAAAUUCAUCUAACAGAAAUUCGUUGUCACGUCAAUCUACUAAUGACUCGAAUGACUCUGACACUACACCAACCCAGUCAUUUGUAUCAACGUCAACAAUCACUUCGUCGACAAACGAUAAGCAGCCAAUUAAAAAGUCGCCGAGAGAAUUCAUCAUCCCCAUAUCGGUUGAAGGCGGUGGAAUUGUCACGCCCAAAGCGAAUAGCAUUGAACCUUCGGAAUCGACGACAACACAAUCUAGCAUGACAAGCAAACGAUCUGGUCGUCCUGGAAGACGCAUAAGUUCACUUUUCAAUGAACGAGACUCGGAAGAUGAGACAACGUCGUUCCCUAAACUUAAUCGUCAUACUUCAAUUGGCCGUGAGAGUGACACGGAAGAACCAAGAUUUCAUUCGAUGCAUCGCUUAAGUUCAGGAGAAGAAGACGAUGACGAUGGCUUUGAAUUGCUAACAGCUGAAAAUCUUUUCUCUACCCUUUUGUCGCGUGUUCGUGCUUUAACACAUCGAUUAAAUGUCAACAACGAAACGACAUCUAACUUCCCAAGUUCACGUUUUAUCAGCAAUUUAAGACAAUCGCAGAGUCCCUUUUGGAACAAUGAUCCAUUUGAAAGCCGUUCAAACGUGAACCCUUGGAGACAUUCUAUGGCACGUGAUUUGCACAGUGACUUCGACUCGAUGUUUUCACGUUCAGGUGCAACGCUUCCGAGAGGUAAAAAAACUAAAUCGAAACCAGAUGAGUCAUCAGAAAGCAGUAACAAUGACAAGAAUAAUAAUCGUGACCACAACAGCGAAGUGUUGGAUUUAAGAGAUUUGGAUUUGAGUCAACUUCGUUUAUCAAAAAAGGAUCUUGAGACCUUAUCAACAUUGACACCAAGUUUAUCGAAGAGUCUUCAAGAACAGCUUCUCGCACAAUUGCCGCCAAAUCAAGCAAAGAAAUUAUCGCGAACACUUUCAGUACAGAACGGUAAAGAAUCGACUGAAACUUCUAAAGUUUAUCGUCGUAGCAUUAGCACUAAUCCACGUGAUGUUGUAAAUCGAUUCAGUAGAGAUAGUAUAACACCAACGAAUGAGGUGUUUGAUAGGAUAAAUAACAAUAGCGAGCUUAGCUCUUCCUCACGUUAUAGACGUAGCGUCAGUAGAGAUGAUAGAUUUGAUGAUUCAUUUAACAACAACAGCAACAACAAUAAUUCUCGUAAUUUAGAAGCAAUUCAUCAUAGCCGAGAGGCAACAUUAUCACCGACGACUGACUACCGCGGUCAAUAUUAUUCAUCUCUAAAGAGUAGCAGUCGGAAGUCUGCUGUUGAUGAAAGUGAUAUUCAACGAACAUGUUUCUCCCCUGAGCCACUCGAUGAAAAGCCAAAGCAAAAGCGAUUGUCACGGUUCAUGUCACCUGAAAGCACCGGUUAUGAACUUUACGAUGAACCAAAGAAAAUCGAAAAGCCACGUGAACUUGAAAGUCAUAAAAUUCUUCGUGAACUUUGCGAGAAAUCUCGAGAGAAAAGUGUUGAAAAAGAAUCAAGAGAAAAUCGAAUUUCCUACUAUUUAGAUAAAUAUGCAACAAAUGAAAUCAGUAAACACUUAUUGAACGGAAAUUUGAUUGCAGCGGAAUCAAAUCAAUUGAAGACACCAGCACGUAGUGAUACCGCAAGUUCAACUCAUUCACAUUCAUCGGUAUCGUCAACAAUCAAUGAUAAGAUUUUAGAUGAAUUGAACUCAAUUAGUUUGUUGAAUGGACAACUUGAACGAUUUGAUCAGAAAGAGAUUCAAAAUCAAGAGAAAUUAAUGAAAAAGAAAGUCAAAAAUGAUGGGACGGUUAAGAAGACUGUCAAGAAAGUCAAAGAAAAGUCACCUGAAAAGACAUUGGAAGAGGAUUGUGAAGUGAGUGAAAAGUCAACAUCGAAACGUGAGUCAAAACUUACACGACCCAAAUCUUACAUUUCGAAAGACGUGUCGCUUCAACCAUUGCGCUCGACAGAUAAAAUGACGGAAGUCAUUGACAAACCACCGGAAUUUGAUGUUUUAAAGACGCCAAGCAAACUUUCUCGACCGAAAAGUUUUCCAAACUCAAAAAUUACACCCCCAAAGGAGAUCAAAUUUCCCGAAACAUUGACCAACAUUCUCAAUAUGCCUAACGAGACGGUAAAUACUGCUGUAUUGAAUGACACGAAUAAUGUAAAUCAACAAGCUCCCGAGCAACCCAAAAAGACAAAAAAAGUCAUUAAAGUUGUAAAGAAAUCUUCAAAAAAUGUCAUACCAUCGGUUGAAGUUGACCCAUUGCCCGAUCUUAAGUCCGAAUCGAAGAGAGAAAAGUCACCCGAGAAGAAGUCCGGUAAAGGAUUACUUUACACCCUUGGACAGAAGUUUGAAAAGCUUCGUGACAUUAAAUCGUCAAAAGAUAAGAAAGAUGGAGAAACAUCGUCAUCAUCGGAUAUGAAAGAAAAGAAGAAGAAAAUUAAAGCAAUGUUGAAUGAAGAUGUCGAUGAAGCAACAAGACAAGAAAGGAAAUCAAAAAUUGAUGCUAUGAUAAAGAAUUUGAAGGAGAAAUCUUUACCACAUAAUACGGAAUUGACAGAAUCGGGAUUGAUUAAAAGAGCGGUGAGUGUCGAAGAAAUGCCAAAUACUUUCAAUAAGAAUACUGUGAAUAAAGUUCUUGGAUUAUUUAAGCGAAUUGAGAAGGAAAAUACGGCAGUCGAUGCUAAAGUUCAGAAUACAAAAUCUUCAAGUUAUUUGUCGUAUGACGAGUACGAGCCUCAAAACAACUCGAACAAAGAACGACCAAAAUCAAGUGGCUUUAUUCACAAAAUAAAGAAGAAUGGAAGCGCUUUCGAGCCACUCAAUAAUAUUGCUGAAAGUAAAAUUCCCGUUAAAUUUGCUUCAACCUGUCCCGAUUGUAAAGAGACAAAUGAAAUCUCUCAAUCAAAAUCUUCAAAUAUGGUCAACAAACGUCAUCCAAAUGAUCAGAAAACUUCAGUUGAAGAAAAAGAAAGAUUAAAAAAUAAUCGUAAAGGUUUGAUGUUGGACUUUGCAAAGUUUAAUCCGAUUGAUGGUGACACAAAAGUAUCAUUAUCGUCAUCAUCAAGUAAACAUAAUAAUAAUAACAAUAACAGCAGUUACAGUUUUCCACCACCUUUGCCACAAGAGAUUAAUCAAAGUUUGGUAACCCCAACUUAUGAUAGUUUGACGAACUAUUCAUCAAGUCCCUACGAUGAAUCAAGCACACUUUUAUCGCCUUCGGAUGAUGUCGGUUAUGACAGAUGGUCAACAUGUUCAGAAGAUGAACACCAACUACUUCCACCCCAUCCAAUGGGUUCAUCUUCCCUCUCAAGAUUAUCACGAAGUAUUCAAAAUCAAGCUAUACUUGAUGAAAGCGACUCUCCAGAGUCUGUUGUUGACCGCAUCCGAAGGAAAAGUUUCUAUUCAAGAUUUAACGAAAAGAAACCGAAGCGUGUGUCAAAUAUUGUUGGACCGGCGGCUAAAGAAUAUUAUCGGGAACGUUCACGUCCAUUAGAGUAUACGAAGUCGGCUACAAGCGUCAUUCCUGAUAUUACGGGACGAGCAUCAAGUGUCGACAACACUUAUAACCGUUCAUCAAGUAUUUCGCGUCAUGUCAACUCGUCAGCUGCCAAUCGUUCAUUAAGUCAAAGUCGUUCAUCAUCAAAAUAUUCAAGCGAGAAACAAAAUGAAUCUUUACAGCAUUCAAAUUCUUAUCGAAGAUUGAAUUACGAAGCAAAUCAUUUGGCUAGUUUGCCUCCACCACAUCAUCAUCAUCAUCAUCAUGAUAUGCUUUUGAAAUCUCCUGAUGAUAUUACAUCAAGAAUUCGAAAUAACAGAAGUACCAUGUAUGAUUCAUCUUCAUCAUCAUCUAACACUCCAUCAUUAACAUCACUUUAUGUCAAACGACGUUCAUAUGUUUCCACGCCAUCGAGUUCAUCAGGCACACCGUCAUCUGUACUUAAACCACCGCCUUCUUUUGUAGACGGUUAUGCAACAAUUGGACGUAAAAUGCGACAAUACAAUACAAGAAGUGUCUCUUUACUUGAUCCGACUUUAAUUAAUUCAUCAAGCGACCAUCAUCAUCGCAUAAAUGGUUAUUCGGAUAUCAAUGAAAAUGUUUCGAGAAACUCGCGUUUUCGGAACUCAUCAGUGCCACGAAACGACAACAUAUGAUAUUACGACCACGCUCAUUAUCAUUACGUUUUCUAAUCAUCAGUUACUAAUUCAAUCCAUUAACAUUAACAUGAUCAUUAUGAAAGAAACUUUUUACUCAUUUACAGUCUGCAGAGUCACAUUUUUCCACCCAUUUAUAAAAGCGAAGUCCCGCUGACUUGAAUGACUCAACUCUCGAGAAUUAAAUAAAUAUCUACUAUGAAUAUUCAUGUAACUUUUAAAAGAUAUGAGAAAAACCAAUUUCUUCCAAAAGAAAACUUUUAAAUGAACGAAACACUUGACUCAGUUUUGGUUAAGAAUAAAAAAAUAAAUAAGAAUGAAAAACUCCCUCUCUUUGCCUUAUUUUACUUGUGAAGUGAAGCAAACAUAAUGUUUGCUGAAAAGGGUUUCUAAUUAUUUUAUACAUUAAUUUUAAAAAUAAGAAAAAGGUUUUAGAGAAACGCACAUAAAUGAUACAAAGUAAUGAUGAUUUUAAAAAUCUACCCAAAAAUUUUACGAGUUUUUCUAGUGGAAACUUUUUUGUAUUUAGAUGAUGAUUGAAAAGAAGUUUUUUUUGAGCUGAAAUUGUGAGUAAAGCUCAAUGAGUUUAGAACAGAUGUACGUACCAGUAGGUAAUUGAAAAUUAUGAAAGCAAUAAUGAAUAGUAUGAAUUUAUCGGAACGAAUUUCAUCCGAAACUGCUUAUAAACACUUUCAUUUAAUAAUUAAUUUAUUUGAAAAUUUCAUCACCAUCACAUCUGACAUUGAUGACAUACAUUGAUUGAUUUUUUUUUAAUAAAUAUGAAUCAGAAUGAAAUGAUAAUUAUUUCUCUGAUAAAUUAUGUUGAAACCAGUUUAGAAAGUUAAUAAAAUUUUUGAAAUACUU